UGCUCUCUCCAAAUAAAAUUAUUUAUCUCAAAAAGGAUUUAUAAAGUUUUCUUCAAAAAUUCCCGACCCGCUUUAAUCUCUCUUCACACAUUCCCUCCGCCACCGCCUCCGUGUCCUCCUCCAGUUUAGGACGCAAGCCUUCUAUUCCAGCUUCCGACGGACCAGGAAAUUAAGUUAAUUGAAGUUUGUUAAGGAAAUAAUGAUCUAUACGGCGAUUGACAACUUCUAUUUAACGGAUGAGCAGCUAAAGAACUCACCUUCAAGUAAAGAUGGCAUAGAUGAAGCAACUGAAACUACACUAAGAAUCUAUGGCUGUGAUCUCAUCCAAGAAAGCGGAAUAUUACUUAAAUUGCCUCAAGCUGUCAUGGCUACUGGCCAGGUUCUUUUCCAUCGUUUUUAUUGCAAGAAGUCAUUUGCCCGCUUUGAUGUCAAGAUAGUUGCAGCUAGCUCUUUGUGGCUUGCAUCAAAAUUAGAGGAAAGUCCUCGGAGAGCAAGGCAAGUAAUCAUAGUUUUCCACAGAAUGGAAUGUAGAAGAGAGAACUUACCGAUAGAGCAUUUGGAUCUAUAUUCAAAGAAAUUUUCAGACUUGAAAGCAGAAUUGAGCAGAACCGAAAGGCACAUACUGAAAGAGAUGGGUUUUGUUUGUCAUGUUGAACAUCCCCAUAAGUUCAUAUCUAACUAUCUUGCUACCCUUGAAACACCUCCUGAGUUGAGGCAGGAAGCAUGGAAUCUAGCAAAUGAUAGCUUACGUACAACCUUGUGCGUUCGAUUCAAGAGUGAAGUUGUGGCAUGUGGAGUUGUAUAUGCUGCUGCUCGCAGGUUCCAAGUCCCCCUUCCUGAGAACCCACCAUGGUGGAAGGCUUUUGAUGCAGAUAAAUCUGGGAUUGAUGAGGUUUGUAGGGUUCUGGCUCGUUUGUACAGCCUUCCCAAGGCUCAAUACAUUCCUGUAUGCAAAGAUGGAAAACCAUUCACAUUUUCCACCAGAUCUGCUGAUUCACAAUCUCAGCAACCUCCAAAGGAAGUUCCGCUUAGCCCGCCAGCUAAUAAUAAUGCCAAUGUUUCCAACACCACUGUAGCAGUAGCUGAUGUAGAAACUGAGGGAGCUAAAGAAGCUAAGAUUAAGAUGGCUCUUGAUAAGCUGAAAGAAUCCAAGCAGAGUGAUGAUGAAUCGAAGAGCAUGCCUACCACAGACAGUGAUGCAAGAGAAGAACCGAGGCAUAAAUCCAAGUCUGAGCACAGGACAGAAUCAAGCGGAGAAAAGAGCAAGGACAGGGACAGGGAAAGGGAGAGGGACAGAGAAAGAGACAGGGAGAGAGCAAAGGCCCGGGAUCGUGACAGGGGCAGAGAUUCCGACCGGGAAAGAGAGCGAGAUGAGACCGAAAGGGACAGAGAUAAAGUCAAGGAUCGAGGUCAUCGAUCAAAGGAUAGAACAAAGGAUUCAGCAGGGGGGCAUUCUGAAAAAUCAAGGCACCACUCAUCACGCGAUCGUGAUUAUCGUGGCUCAUCGUAUUCUUCAAGGGAGAAAGAUCGUCAUAGACAUCACUCCUAUGCUUAGAACAGUCUUGAAGGAGCAUUGCAUGUUUGCUACCUUGUAGCCAUGACAGUUGCUUGCCCGGCUAACUGCAAAAUGUCUGAUAUGCAGAAAUGUAACAGUAGUUUAUGUAUUGCAUUUGGAGUUAAAAUGUAUUUGGUCCAAAAUUAUUAUUUAAACAUUUAACUUUCAAAUUUGCUUAAUGCAACAGCUAAUGGUUUCUUGCUACCAA